AUGCUUCUCAAGCAACUCCUCCUGAGUGCUCUGCUCACUCUGAGCUCAGUCAGCGCUCUUCCCAGCCCUGACAUUGACAACGCCGCUGUCGAGGCCCGCGAUGUCGAUGGCGAGCUCGACGCCCGCGGUGCCUACGAGCCCCCCAAGUGUGGCUACGAUGCCGACUGGAAGUACGGCAAGUGCGUCUGCAAGAAGUCCGCCAUGAGCUACGACGAAGACUCCAAGUCGUGCUCUUGCCCCUCCGGCACCACCUGGAACCCCAAGACCUACAAGUGCGAGACCAACUGCGGUUAUGAUGCCGAGUACAAGUACGGCAAGUGUGUCUGCAAGAAGUCCGACAUGGACUACGACUCGGACACCAAGAAGUGCUCUUGCCCCGACGGCGAGUACUGGAACGACAAGACCAGCAAGUGUGAGCAUGACUGCGGCAAGGAUGCCGACUGGAAGUACGGCAAGUGCGUCUGCCGCUCCUCCGGUAUGACUUACGAGGAGUAUGGCAAGAAGUGUGUCUGCCCCAAGGGUCAGAUCUACUCUUACGGCAAGUGUACCUACGACUGCGGCAAGGAUGCUUCCUACGACUGGAAGCAGAAGGCCUGUGUCUGCAACAAGAAGACCAUGGUCUACGACUCCAAGUACAAGUCCUGCUCCUGCCCCAAGGGACAGACCUGGACCGGCUACAAGUGCGAGUAUGACUGCGGCAAGGAUGCCUCUUACAAGUACGGCAAGUGUGUCUGCAACUCCAAGGGCAUGAUCUUCGAGCAGUACGGCAAGACCUGCGCCUGCCCCAAGGGUCAGAUCUACGAUGGCAAGAAAUGCACCUACGACUGCGGCAAGGAUGGCCACUACGACUGGGACCAGAAGGCUUGCGUCUGCAACAAGAAGGGCAUGCUCUACGACAACAAGUACAAGUCCUGCUCUUGCCCCAGUGGCCAGAAGUGGACCGGUUACAAGUGCGAGUACGUCUGCGGCAAGGAUGCUACCUACAAGUACGGCAAGUGCGUCUGCAACAAGAAGGACAUGCUCUACGACGAGAAGUACCAGUCUUGCUCGUGCCCCAAGGGCGAGAAGUGGACCGGCUACAAGUGCGAGGUAGACUGCGGCAAGGACGCCGAUUACAAGUACGGCAAGUGCGUCUGCAAGAAGGCCACGAUGGUCUACGAUGCCAAGUACCAGUCCUGCUCUUGCGCCAAGGGAUACAAGUGGACUGGCUACAAGUGCGAGUACGACUGCGGUAAGGACGCCUCGUACAAGUACGGCAAGUGCGUCUGCAACAACAAGGGCCAGGUCUUCGAGGAGUACGGCAAGAAGUGCGUCUGCCCCAAGGGCCAGAAGUGGACCGGCUACAAGUGCGAGACCGACUGUGGCAAGGACGCCUCAUACAAGUACGGCAAGUGCGUCUGCAAGAAGGACGGCAUGUGGUACGACGACUACGCCAAGAAGUGUGCCUGCAAGGGCGGCAAGGUCUGGGACGAGUACAAGCAGGUGUGCGGCUGCCCCAAGGGACAGAAGUGGGACGUGUACUCCAACAAGUGCAAGUCCAGCUACUAA